AACAUUAGAAAGAAUUCAUAAAUUUCAUUUAAAUUUUAGUGCAAUAAUAGUGGCUUUAGAAUGAAUAUAGUAGACGUUUUCAUUACCAAUUACACAAUAAUCGAUCCAGAAAUCUAUCAACUUUUCAUCGAAGGAUAUUCAUCUUCCGAAGCCGUAAAUUUGUUGAAACAAAAGGGCGACAGCAUUUUCAAUGCACCAUUGGAACUCAUCACGUCAGAUGUCCUCGAUCAUUACCGCACAUAUUCACUGCUGGAAAAAGUCCUGCACACCCCUACAAAGCUAUCGGAAAACAGCAAUUUCCAACUGGAACCACAUUCUAGAUCGCUCCUCAUUGAAAAGUAUUACUCGCUAGAUGACUCGGUAUCACGCGAGCUUCUCGGCAAAAAACUCUCCUCGAAGCAUCGCAAGGAUCUCGACGAAGUGUCUGAACGGACGGGCGUUCGUCUGAAAUCGUGUCGCCGCCAAUUCGAUAAUUUCAAGCGCAUUUACAAGGCAGUCGAGGAGCAGCCGGGGAACAUUGUCUUUAACAUUCGCCAUCAAUUUUUGCUGCCCGAAGAAGUUGCAAGGAAAUAUGCGGCCGUUGUUUUUAUCGCCUGCCUGCGUUUCGAGACUGCCAAACGAAAGCUACAGUAUUUGAGUUUCAUGGAUUUCUUUGAGUGCGCCCAAGCAUUGAUGACCUUUUGGACCUACUCGUAUUCGCAUACGGCGAAUCACGAGUACUACGAUACGGAAAUGGACAAAGAUUUUUUGCUGGAUUUGCGCGAAAUGAAGUGUUUGUUGGACAAAGAAAAGGAAAUUAAGCAUCUCGUGUUGAUUCGUGUCAAGCCGACAGUUUUGGAACGGGCUUAUCAGGAAAUUGACACGAAUUUUAGACAUUACUUCCGAGCAAUUAUCGCCAUUGCUACGAUGGUACAUCGUCCGAGAGAACUUCGAAACUUGUUUGUUGAAUUCACCGAACGACUUAUUGAGCCGUGGAAACAAAAUAAUUGGACCAUUGAACAAGUUAAAGCAUUUUUAUCAGCAUUGACGAAAAGCGUUCUAGAUUUGGAUGUGCCACGAGACCAUCAGGAUUUACGUUUCCUCUGGGAACGUUUUAUGCAAGUGACGACCGUGUGCUUAAUUCAAAUGUAUCACUGAUACAGGGAGCCAAAACCCCGAGCACGUUCCCUCAAGUAGCAAGUAGUAGUCAAAAAGUUCAAUAAAAUAAUGUUUAAAAUUGUGAUUUGCGAAAUAAUCGGUUUUCAUUCAGCUUUUGAAAGCGACGAUGGAGGUAAAAGUGUAACGAUGAGAUGUAAAAUUUAAGAUAAUCGACAAUAAUGCGGUGACAUGACAUGACACAAUCAAGCAGUCAUGCCUUAAUACUUUAUUUCCUACUCGAGACAUCAUCUUCUCACGAUUUACGUAAUUUGUUAACUACUGAAACAAUUAUGGACCACAAUUGACAGACAAAUCGUGAAACAUUGUUGUGACCAAUUUUUGACAAUCCAAUAAUUAAGUAACAAAAAAAAAUAAAAGAUUUUGGAUGAAUAGUCGUUUAAAAGUUAAAAAUGUGAUUGUAAAGUCGCUGCAAAUGAAACUCAAUAGUUUUUUGUUCAAAAUGUUUUCUAGUAAAAAAAUAAGGGAAAAAGUUUUAAAACGAA